AACGAUUUUCUAAACAGCUUCAUCAUUUACUGACGUUACAUUUUAUAAAAUAGCAAAUUAAUAAUAUUACAAGAAGCACAAAAAUAAUGAAAAUCUUUAUAUUUCUUGUGAACGCCUUCUUGGCAAUCUCGUUCACGCAGGCGGCUGCCUUGGAUAACGGAAGUGGUAAUGUGGAAUUCUUAGAAGAACUUCCAGUUUCAAAGAAUCUGUCGAUACGAUCAGUAUUUUUGGAGAAUUGACUCUUCCGGAAAUUUUGGAGCUCAUUUUGAAUGAAAACAAACCAAGUGAACAAGAUGCAGGUCUCGAGUAUAACGGUGAUUUGGACCACUAUAAAGGUGACAUAUAUAGAAGAAAUGAACGUGACAAUCAACACAGCUCACAUCUGGCUAGCAACGACAUUCAUGAAAUUUACGAGCUAGAUAAAGAUAAAUUUGAAGGAAGUGGAGAUAAUGCAGUCGAUAACGACAAAGGAUAUAGUGCAAAUGUAGGUGAUAAUGGUAAUAAUGGUGAUAAUGGUGAUAAUGGCGAUAAUGAGGAGAAUGAUAGCGAGAACGAGAAAAAUGACUCAAACGAUGAAAACGACUCAAGCGAUGAAAAUGACUCAAACGAAGAUAAUGACUCAAGCGAAGAAAAUGAUUCUAGCAAUGAAAAUGACUCAAGUGAAGAAAAUAACUCAAGCGAAGAAAACGACUCAAGCGAUGAAAAUGACUCAAACGAAGAUAAUGACUCAGCGAAGAAAUGAUUCUAGCGAUGAAAAUAACUCAAGUGAAAAAAAUAACUCAAGCAAAGAAAACGACUCAAGCGAUGAAAAUGACUCAAACGAAGAUGAUGACUCAAGCGAAGAAAAUGAUUCUAGCGAUGAAAAUAACUCAAGUGAAAAAAAUAACUCAAGCAAAGAAAACGACUCAAGCGAUGAAAAUGACUCAAACAAAGAUAAUGACUCAAGCGAUGAAAAAGACUCAAACGAAGAUAAUGACUCAAGCGAAGAAAAUGAUUCUAGCGAUGAAAAUAACUCAAGCGAAGAAAACGACUCAAGCGAUGAAAAUGACUCAAACGAAGAUAAUGACUCAAGCGAAGAAAAUGACUCGAGCGAUUAAUUAUCAGAUGAUGCCGAGCAUCAAGAUAAUAGUGAGGAUAAUGAUGACGAAGUAACAGCAGCGAUAAAAAAUGAACACGCCACAAAUUAAACGAAGCUGGAAAUAUAAUAUUAGUAUCCAGCACUUAACUAGUUAUUGAAAAAUAUUUCAACAAACGUGCAACCAAUUUAAGCUAAUCAGAAUAAUAAAAGAGUAAUAAUACAAACAACAUAAAUAUUUACUUUUAUAAUAAUCUGAAUAGCUUUAAAAUUGCCUAUCACAGAAUGCCAGACGGGCUAAUGAACUCACAAUAUUAUAAAAAUAUAUUAUAAAUAAAAGCAAUUUCAUUAAAAAUA